CCCACUCCAACCAUCUCCCCUUGCCGGCUUGCCGCACUUCCCUUCCCUCUCCUCCCCAGGCCGCGACCAGCGAGCGCAGCCAAAACGCCUCGGCUCCUCGCCGCCGCGCCACCCCUAUUAAUUCUCUCCUCCUCCUCCACGUCCUCCACAACGCACAUCGCAUCGCAAGCUCCUCCUGCCCGCGCCACCGUACGCGCGCUUCGCAUCUUUCAGCUCCUGCGCCGAGGCAGAGCCGAGCCAGGCGGCGGGGAGCAGCAGCCGAGGAAGAGGCCUGCGUGUCGGUGCCGCCAGCCAUGUCCGUGAGCGUGGCGUCCGUGCCGGCGGGGAGGACGGCCGGCGUGGCGCCGUGGCCGUACCUGGAGUACAUGGCGCGGUGGGAGCGGCAGGUCGAGCGGCGCCAGCUCUUCCUCCGGAGCUACCACUUCUCCCGCGACGCCGACGUCCCGCGCUCGCCGCGCGCCCGCGCAAGGCGCGUCGUCUGGGCGGGUCUGCGCCGCCUGCGCCGCGCCGCGGCCACGGGGCUCCGCCGCCUCCGCGCGCGCCUCCGCCUCUGCUUCGGCUGGGCCACGCGCCGCCGGUCCCGCCGCUCCACCAACUUCCGCUACGGCCGCCUCUCCGGCGCCGGCAAGGCCCGGACGACGGCCGCCGCGUCCGUGUGCUUCUGGUAGUGCGCGGCGGAGCACAGGCAGAGCAGGAUCGAGCUCGAAGCAUUCUUUGCUUCGCUAGGUUGGCGUGUGAAACGAAACGAGAGAAGAAGCUUACUUAGACAAGAGUUAGCCGCCGCAUGUUAACUUCUAUGCUGUGGAGUUGUUGCUAUUAAUUAGUAGUCGAGCCUAAUUAGAGAGGAUAAAGAGUGUUAAUUAAGGGUGUUCAUGUUUUUUUGUUCUUUAUUUUUCCUUCAUUUUUCAUCGCCGUUCGCUCCUUGUCUAAAAUAUAUUUUCCUGCCUACUUCUCUUUCUCUAUCAAUGAAUUGUGUAUUUCGCUCGAAUAAGUUUCUAUGUAUAAGUUCUUCUGUUCCUGAUUC